AUGUAUUUACUGAUUCUAUCUUUGUUGAUCAACUCUGUUCAAACUCAGCAAGAUAUUUGCUCGUGUUCAUGUUGUAUUGGUGUGUCGUGCUCUCCUGUUAUUGUCGGUUCAUUUUCCGUAUCAUCAUGUGCAGUAGACACAUGUCUUCAACUGUGUCGUACGUCUUACUAUCAAUGUCAAGCCUAUAUUCCUAAUGGACAAGCUAUGGGGCAAUGCUCAUCGUCUGUGAGUCCUUUGUACCAGUGUAGAUGUGAUUGUUGUAAUACAGGUUCGACUAGUUGCGUACCAUCAUUUGUUGGUUACGGUAGUGCAUACCAAUGUAACACUGCUGCCUGUAGUAUUUCUUGUGCUUCACAGUAUCCAAGUCAAUGUGUAUCCAAUCAAAAUGGACAAGUAAGUGGCACAUGUACUGGCCCGAUUACCACAACAACAACGACUACGACGGUUAGAACAAAUAUUAUUGGAACCGGUUAUACUUGUUCGUGUAUGUGCUGUUCAUCAGGUUCUAAUUGUGUAGCAAAUGUCGGCGUAGGCUUCACUAUAGCAUCUCAAUGUUCGUCAUUAUCUUGUACGCAAGCAUGUCAAAAUCAAUAUCCAACCUAUUGUCCUUCCAUACCCUCGUUGGGUCAAAGUAAUGGUAUAUGUACAAAUCAAGUUAACGGAAAUAUACGUUGUCAGUGUCGAUGUUGUACAGCAAACGGAUGUCCAACUUAUGAGAUAAACACCACUGGAGAUUGUACAUCAUGUUCUACGUUAUGUCAACAGCAAUCGCCUUGCGGUAGUACGAAUCCUGCAGCAUACACUUGUAGUACAAAUACAAAUAAAUCAAAACAAUCAGUAGAAUUUUCCCUUUUAACGAUUAGUUUUUUAUUAAUAGCAGUUUUACUAUAA